UUUGUUUCCUGACGACCCCUUAUUGUUAAGGCAUCGGCGCCAAUCUACGAAUGGCUAACAAAAAGUUGACCUCAGCUGAGCUCCACAAGAGUGUAUUAGGAGAUGGUAAAAAUGGGAUAUCAGGGAAUGAAAAUACCAGUGGAAACAGUGGGUCACGGAAAAAGGUUAAACCUACAGGUACCACCGUGAAGUCUCGUUACAUGCAAACAACUGGAAAGAAACCUCAGCCCAAGCCUGCAACUCCUCAAAAGACGUCCCAGAAUACUGUAUUACAGGAAACAUUAAAUUGUGAUGGUGUGUUGCAGUCAACAAUUCUACUUGGUCAUGCCUUGCGGCCAGAUUUUGAUAUGUCCGCCAUUGUAGGGAAGCCAUUGAGUCCAGGGCCCCGGAACACAGAAACAGUGGAACCUAAACAUUCUAAGGAUAUUAUAGAGUUGCAGACAUUCCUCCUGACAUAUACUACUGCUAAGAUGGAGCAUAACACUCACAUAAUGAAAAAGGAAGCAGAGAAGGAACUUCUUGCCAUGAUGGAGGUUGAGAGGGAGCUGCAGGUUACAGUGCAUGAGAAGAAGCGUCAGUAUCACCUGAGAGAGAAACAAAAGCAGCUGAACAACCUGCUGGAUGCACAGAUUGCUGCACUCACCCCAGUGGCUGCAGUCACCUCCCAGUUUACUCAAAACUACCAGAUGCUGGCAACAGCCGUGGAUGCCACAAGGCAUGAGCUACCAGUCAAGAACCUCCACUUGGAAGAUAACCGAGAGCAGUUUUUAGAGGAGGCUGUGUCAUGUCUGAAGAGAAGUGAGGAGCUCCUGCUGCAGCACACCAAGGGAGUGGAUCAGGGAAGCGAGUCUGCUUGGGAGAAUCUAAGCAGAAUAAAGGACUCAGCCCAGGAUCUUAACCAGCAACUGGUCAGGGGGGGCUCAGACCUGCAGGAGCUGUCCUCCUUGGUGAGUCAGCUGACUGUUGAGAGCCUCUUGGAGAAGGAGAACCUGCUACUUCCAUGAACAUCUCGUAGCACCUCCCAGCACCUUGCGUAUCCCAGCCGCGGGGCCUUGAUUCCAGCCAAUACCCCGAGACCACAAUUGCCUUUACUGUACCUGGGUCCCAAUGAUCAUGUGUACUUUAAACAUGUUUAGUGGUGGAUGUAGAUUUGUAUGUAUGUAUAGAUGAGUGUAGUGUUGUCCUGUAUGUGUUUUUUUAUAUAUAUAUAAUUCAUGUAAAGUAUGUGCUUUACCUUUUUUUUUUUUUUUCAAGGAGCCGACCUUGUAGCAGUGCUUGACCGAUUUUUACCUUUCUGAAAUUGUACAAUAAAUAUAUUAUAUGACUACA